CGUUGCUGCUAAAAAUUUAUUUAUAUCUGAGCUGCCUGCGCAGAUAGGGUUUAAUGGUUUGAUCGAGAAAAGACAAUAUAGGAAAAACGAGCGACUGUUUGUGCUUCAAAUUCAGUAACAUCUGAAGAAAUGGGCGGAGCUGCAAUGUUGGUGCUGAUCGUGUCUACACUGACAGAGUUCUUGAGUGGUGUGGAGGGCACAGCGAGGACAUGCUACUUCGGUCCCCCACCGAAACCUGAUCCUGAUAACCCGGAUCACUGGAUGAAGCAAGUCAUGACAGAGAUACGGGAGCGUUACCCGGGAAGGAGGGGACGUAGCCCGGCGGAGGAAGGGCCUACAGAGCCAGGACCCGCGAUAGUUCCUUGCUUAAACCCGAGGCCGUUAGGGAUGGAGGACAAGACUAUCCCCGAUGAAAGGAUCUCAGCGUCCAGUCACAUGGACUGUUUUCGAGGUUCCUGUUUGGCCACAGAUGCACGUCUCAACAGUAACAAGCGAUGGGCACCCAAGAGCAACGCAGACUCCUGGAUCGAGGUUGACCUCGCUGUGAGAACAGUGGUGUCUGGCGUCACCACACAAAGAGGCCCGAAGGGUGUGUGGUAUGUGGAAAAGUACAAAGUGUCAUAUCAGAGGCAACCCUCAUCUGAUCGUGUGCACGUGACAGAUCAAGACGGGGACACCAAGGUUUUCAACGGCAACACGAGCAGUAACACUACGGUCACUAACCUGUUUGAUGAGAGUGUGGUGGCAACAACUGUGCGCAUUGAGCCGAUUCAGUGGCACACCUGGAUUGGACUAAGAUUCGAGUUGGUUGGAUGUCGCUUAGACUAAUUAUUCACGUUUCGGCGCUUCUUGCAUUUCAUGAUAUUUUUUGCCGUGCUAGGACAGAAAAAGACUACAUGGAAAAUAAACAUCAAGAAGACCAUGGUCAUUAGAGACGACCGUGUGGCAAAAAUCUGACGAUGUUUUAAAAUGUCAGUUAAAUUGGUAAAAACUUAAACAAAUUUCAUUUAAAUAACGAACAUUAGGCAAGCUUUUAAAUGUAGCUUUUCUGCGGUCAAUUAUGCAAAAAUGGGCGCAUGAAGCAGUAAAGAAACAUUCGUGUUUGUACAAACUGGGGUGAACUUUCAAAAUCCUUGUUUUGUCACGUUUUCAAAAUAUGUGGCUAAUGUAGAGCACAGUGAUAUUUGAAGCAUAGCUGGUCGCGUUUUAUUUAAUUUAUGCGUGAACACCAGUCACAUAAUUUGGAGGUUUUUCAUCGAAAGAUUUACUGUUUGAGUAUUUAUGAUGAGUGAACUUUUAACCAAGCAGUGUAAUCAUUUGAAACACAGACUAACCAUUGCAAUACAGCCUAUGGAAAAGGCUUCUCUCUAUUUUUUUUCUUUUAUUGGCUCAGCAUUUGCCACAAAACUUACAAAAGUCUGCCAUGAGGAACCCCUAGGUUUUCCAUUGUGUUUCAUGGGAAACCAUAGAAACCCCGUGGGAGGACAAUGGCCAGUUGCUGAAUACCACGGGAAAACCAAAACGAGUACCAUGGGCAGCCAGGGGAACACCAUACACUGUCUUAAAACACCAUCUCCUUUCCCCUUCUUUCCCCGCGCUUUCCCCCCUAUUUCCUACCUAUUUAUUGCUCAAGAGCCUAUGGGGGAGGGGGAAAACGUCCUUCCUGCUUGAUGGCUCUCUGUUUUCUCUUUGAGUGACAGUCAUUCAGUGAACUUCACAAAGAGUGCUAUUUUGGGACAUGGGUGUUGGCUGGAGUUUUCGGGGGUUAAUGCAUUUUUUUCCCAGGAGUCAAAUUUCUGGGUUAAAUAUUUGGAUAUGUAUUUUUCUAUUUCAACUUCUUAGCAUUUUUAUUUGAUAUCUUCAAAGUAUGUGUUUUCCAGACAGCAAUUUUGUCUGUUUCUGUGUCAUUGCCAGUUACACUGUUUAUUUGUAUUGUUCUAAACAUUUUUUUCACAGACUUUAAUUUUAUAAGCUGAGAAAUUCUACAACUUUACAUUCAACAGGUUUUUUUUCCAAAAUCUGUUUCAACGGGAUUAUUUCUUUAUCUUGACGUACACGUCACAAUUCGCAAAACAAAAUUAUGCAGUUGACAUAAUGAACGAGUUGACCCGUUUCCGUCAUUUUCCCAUGUUUCUCACCUCAUUUAUCGUGUCAAAUUUCCACACUUUUGUAUAACUCCCCUCUGAUCACCGGUGAUACUGUCUGAAAGACUGAUACUUGUUUUGUUAUUAACUGAUAGAGCUAUCAGCUUAUUGAUUUUUUCAAGAUAGAGAGCCAUUUUUCUGAAAUGCUUUCGUUUUUCAUGCGGAAUCAAAAUUCCACACGAGUUUGGCAGCGGUCGAAAUUGAGAUGUCUGGAUUUUGGGCAUGGUGCAUGCACGUACCUACGCAGACUUGGAUACGCGUACGUUUGGGUAAGAGUUGGCCUACUGCAUUGCAAGAAUGCGUACACGCACGUCAAAUUGCCCCACUAAUUAAAAAUAAACAAAAACUUUCCGUUCUCAUCCAUACGGUUUCCUUCUUGCAUGAUACUUUCUCGUUAGAGCGUUCAUGAUAUUCCUCAUUAUUCACAUGCAGGGAAAUGUCAGAGAGAACUCGGCAAAACUGAAAAAAAAAUCUCCUCUAAAAUGGUUCACUUCCAACUUCUGACUCUGUUACUUUAGAGGUACGUAAGAAAGACCGGCCAAAAUUUGGCAGAAAAAGAAUUGUUAUUGUGUGCAAGUUAUCAAAAGGGACUUUGGGUGUUGAAAUAUUAAUCGGUAUGGAAAUAAGGGGCAAACAACUUUUUCUGAGCUUGAUGUUGAUCGAUUACUUUUGGGGUCCACCUGUUCGAGUCAAGGGCCAUUUUACAGGCUUCUGGCUACAGAGGGAUUCAGUACGCAUGCGCACAAACUAAGUGAGGGGGAUGAACAUGCGUGACCUGGAAACACACAUCGGGCAAGACGCGCGACGUGCUACGCCGUGUGUGUCUAGCUGGGACAACGCACUCAUAUACGUGACAAUGAAAACCGAUUAGAAUAAUUUAGUUCUGUCCAAGAAUAAUUAAUCCAUUAAAAUCUGUUUUUUCUAUUUUUUCUUGUUUUCUGACUACUUCUUCUUUAGUUCGUAACUGUAAGAACUACUACAAGAGUGAUUAUCAGACUUUUUUUAAAUUUUAUAUCAGAGCCACUACACGUAGUAGUGUCUUUUUGGAACCAUACUUAUGUCUCAAACUAUUACUAUCGUUUAGUCAUUUAGCUGAAACAGUCCGUCAAUUUUAACAGCAUGUUUAGGCAUAACUCUGUUCAAGGCUUUGUUGACUUUCAUGCCUUUAUCAAGUUUUUCUUCGAGAUCACCCACAAGGUCCUGGUGAGUUUCAUUAUCCUUUAAAUGUAGGUAACUUGACAGAAACUCCUUGUAGUUGUCAAAAAGUCUGGCUUGACUGCCCAGAGGGUCUAUCUGUUUGCCUUGGGCCUGGCUUGAUUUUCAUCCAUGCCUUCUUUGACAUUCUUGUCAUUUUUUUCAUCUUCGUCCCCCUAUUUGUUUCUAUGGCUUUUAGUCAGCCAAUCUUGGUAGGUGGCAUUGUAUUCCAAUAAUUUUCACCCGAGUUUUCGUUAUCAACCUCCUUAUCAGGUUCCGAAACAUCGUCAACUUCAUUCCUGUCUGAUUCCUCUUCAGCGUGGAUAUUUUCCAUGUGCCUUUCUAGAUUAGACUUCCGUCCAAAGCAUUUGUAACACUGGUGACAAGCAUAGGGCUUAACUGCAGAAAUAACAUUCAUGUCGAUCCUUGGAAGAAUGACGUUUAAAUGGGAGAACCAAAUCAAAUUGUUCAUCAUAUGAUUUAUAUAAACAUGUCUAUGUAUUUCACUGCUAAUGAUUUGCUCUUUUCAUUGCUCAUUUUCUUCUUUCCAUUGUUCAUUCGUUCUUUCCACUGUUUAUUUG